UACCGGGAGGCGGGGCUUGAGCUGGAUAGCCGCUGUGGUUUUCUUCAAGAUGGCGGGGCUGCAGUCGAGGCCGUGUGGCUGCGCGUCCAGAACAAACUCAUUGUGAAAGGUAGUCAGUCAGGCGCCCGUAGGAGACCGACGUGUCACAUUUAUCGCUUCCAGAAGACACCAGUGGAGGAUGAUCAGUGCCUAGAUCCAUAUUAAGCUGAAUGCAUUGUGAUUUCCAAUAAUUGAGACAGUGAUUCUGAAAGCUGUCUACAUUAAUGAAAAGAACAAUGUAGUCAGCUUAGCAUUUUCACCUCUGGUACGUGGUCUAUACAGGGAUGUGCUUCUGCAUGCUUUCUGGGUUUAGAUAAGAAGAGAGUCUCUCAACAGGUCAGGUUUUUUUAGACUAAAUUAUCAGUCUGUAUAAGUUGUAGCUCGUUAUACAGAGGAAAUGGAGAUAGAUGAUGUGCUACCCCCUCUCCCCUUGGAGCCACCUGCUGAUUUUGGCCAAGAUGAGGGCAGAGCACCUCCACCACCUCCCCUGCAAACGUCCAGUGACGCAGAGGUAAUGGACGUUAGCUCUGGUGGUGAUGGAUACACAGACACCACAGGGGACGGGGAAGCCACGCCACAGCAGCCCGUCGGCAAGGGCUCAAUAACUUUCUAUAGCCACCUCACAGAUGAGGCCAAUCCCAUCCCAGUGUGCCCCAGAACAGCCCGCCACGCUCCCCCGGUCACCGGGUUUCUACCAGACCUCAAGCUGCUCAGAGAUGUUAAGAUCCGUGUAAGCUUCACUGAAAGCAGCAAUAGCAAAGACAGGAAGGUUUUGUACACAGGCGAAGGGCAGGAGGGAGGAAGUGAUGACGGCUUAGACAGCGUUAAUGGUGAGAUGCAUGACUCGACUAGUGAGCAGGAGGCAGCUGAGGGUAGCUCUGGAGCAGGGAACAUAGCAGGCGGAAGAUCCGAGGAGGCUGAGGUAGACCUAGAAAACAAGGUAGAGUUCGCUGUCCUGGAUGAGUUGGAUGACUUCUACGAGAACUUCCUGGACAAUGACGAUGCGGAGCAUGGUGGCUUUAAGGCUGAGGGCAUAGUUCAGCAGGAGCAAGCAGAUGAGGAGGCGGUGAAUUUCUCCUAUGAGGAGGAAUUUGACAAUGAUGUGGAUGCUCUGCUGGAGGAGGGCAUGCCAGUCCCAAAAAAGAUGCGUCCCGCCGAGGACAAAUUCGACGGGGAGAGUGAUCAUCAUUCAGAUGGUGAAGGAGGCGUUCAGCCCAUGAUGACCAAAAUUAAGACUGUCCUGAAGAGUCGUGGGCGUCCACCCACUGAGCCGCUACCUGAUGGAUGGAUCAUGACAUUCCAUAACUCAGGCAUUCCAGUCUACCUGCACAGAGAAACCAGGGUGGUUACCUGGUCCAGACCCUACUUCCUUGGGACUGGCAGUAUUAGGAAACACGACCCUCCUACCAGCAGCAUCCCUUGCCUACAUUACAAGAAAAUGAAGGAUCAUGAGGAAAGGGAGCUGAAUGGGGAGGUGACGCCUAAUGUAGUGAAGUCUCCUGUCAAACCCAGCGAUGAGGCCAAUGGUGAAGAGAUGGCAGGCAAGUCAGAUGCUACAGCUGAGGAGCAGGACGGCGUCUGUCCUGCCGGUAUGACUGACGGUGCUCCAGAUGCAGAGGUUGUCAUUAUUAACAACGUGCCGGGUAAAGCCCCGACCCACUUCUUCAAUGUUGCCCAAGGAGCCUUAGGACAAGUCAAAGCCAAGGUGGAAGUGUGCAAGGACGAGUCCAUAGAACUUGAAGAGUUUCGGCUGUACCUGGAAAAAUGCUUUGACUUUGAACAAGUAACUGUAAAGAAGUUUCGCACCUGGGCCGAGCGAAGGCAGUUCAACAGAGACAUGAAGAGGAAGCAGGCAGAGUCAGAGAGACCUAUCCUGCCUGCCAACCAGAAACUCAUCACACUGUCAGUCCAGGAUGCACCCACUAAGAAAGAAUUUGUCAUCAACCCUAACGGGAAGUCUGAAGUUUGCAUCUUGCAUGAAUAUAUGCAACGUGUCCUAAAGGUUCGACCUGUUUACAACUUUUUUGAAUGUGAGAACCCAAGUGAACCCUUUGGAGCGUCAGUCAUUAUAGAUGGAGUAACUUACGGCACAGGAACCGCAAGCAGUAAAAAACUUGCCAAGAAUAAAGCUGCUCGAGCCACACUGGAAAUCCUCAUCCCUGACUUUGUGAAGCAGACCUCAGAGGAGAAGCCUGUUGAGGGUGAUGAACUGGAGUAUUUUAAUCAUAUCAAUAUAGAAGACUCGAGGGUCUAUGAGCUGACCAACAAAGCAGGACUACUUUCGCCAUAUCAGAUUCUUCAUGAGUGCCUUAAAAGAAAUCAUGGAAUGGGAGACACCAGUAUUAAGUUUGAGGUGAUCCCUGGGAAAAACCAGAAGAGUGAAUACGUGAUGACAUGCGGGAAGCACACUGUACGUGGCUGGUGCAAGAACAAGAGGGUAGGCAAACAACUAGCGUCUCAGAAGAUCCUUCAGAUGCUUCAUCCCCACGUCAAGAACUGGGGCUCACUGCUUCGCAUGUACGGCAGAGAGAGCAAUAAGAUGGUCAAGAAGGAGAGCAAUGAUAAGAGUGUGAUCGAGCUCCAGCAGUAUGCCAAAAAGAACAAGCCAAACCUUCAUAUCUUGAACAAACUGCAAGAGGAAAUGAGGAAACUAGCUACGCAGAGGGAGGAAACCAGGAAGAAGCCCAAGAUGACCAUAAUGGAGUCUGCCCAGCCGGGGAGCGAACCCCUCUGCACUGUUGACGUCUAAGUCUCGAAAUCACUGAUGAACCACGGCACUGAAACCCAGUCACUGUCAGACAUCUCACACACCCCCCCACCAUCCAUCACUUAAUUAUGCAUCAUUGAGCUCUAAUGGCAAUAUAGUUACACAUUGACCAGGCCGGUAGAACCGCUUGCUUCCUUCGCCCAUGUUUUAUUGGUUCGGCUGGUAGAUGUAAGGGUAGGUCUAAAUGCACUAACAGACAGUAGAGCAAAUACCGUCUACCUCUCUAGAUGCAGCCUCGCUAUGGCACUAGAAAAAAAAGAAAAAAAAAUCACCCAGGCUGCAGAGAAGUUAUCAUGACUUGAUAACACAUGAACCACAUCAAAAUAAAAAAAAAAUGCAUGCUUCUUUUGACCGCAAAAACCACUACACACUUUGGUUUUGUUUUGAAGUGUCGUCGCAAUGUUAAGAGCACCUAUUAGUUUGGUUUUGUGCUUAAAGUAUUUGAAAGGGACUACUAAUACGUGUGUAUUUAUACCGUUCAUUUAAUUGGGAUACAAAGUUACUUGUUUAUUGGGUAUUUUUAAUGGUCGGUGUUAUGGAUAUUUUGGGUGACGAGUACAAAAUAUGCCAUUUUGUUUUUCCUCAGAAUGGACAGUUGCUGUCUUGGUUUGCACGAUAAAAACAUGCGUUGUGAAGUGAUGAAUAUUCAGAACUAUUGAUAUGCACUCGUGUCCUGUCAGCUAUUUUUGUUGACUGAUGAUGUUGGUACAGGAAUAACUGCUUUUGGGGUGACUCGCAUUUUAUUUGCCCUUUUUUUUUUUUUUUUUUUUUCUCUUUUGCUUUGGCAAUACAAGAAAGUGUCGUCCUCCUCCCCAUGCCAACACAGCAGUAAACCCAAGCACACGGUACUGUAAUAUGUUUAGGGAAAAUGAUCAUUUCUUUCAAUGCUCUUAGUUCUUGCUAGCUUUUUAUUAAAGUACUUAUGCCAUCCACACAAACUAACCAUUUGGUACAUUUCAGUAGCAUUUCAGUUAUGGUGCCCUCAAGAGACCAUGUUGGCUACAUGUUGCCUUAGUUAAUCCAUUUCAUGAAGGGCUCAGAGUAUAAUACAGUACAUUGGACCUAAAAACACCCUUCAACAGGAAGUGGAAAGACCAAGCCCCCUUUACUUGAUGAAGCAUUUAUUGUUUAGCCAAUUAGUAUAAUGAAGACCGCUUGUAAAACAUCCGAUACUUUUGGGAAAAAAUGCCUCCAGCAUGUGUAGAUUUUUAAAGACUCGUCUUAAUGGAUUGUGUAUUUUGUUUGUGUGUGUUUGCCAUCAUUGUGACAUAUUUUCCGACCACAAGUAGAAUACAUUUUUUACAAAAGGCAGCCUUUCAAAAUUUAGUUGGCACGCUGACAUGAACAAAAUGCGAUCAAGUCAUUUAGUCCAACACAAGCUGAUGAAAGUGUGUAUACCAAAGCUUACAUAGUCUUAUGCAUUUUAUAGAAUACUUAAUGUCGCUGCAAGACUGUACAGUAGAAGCAUCUUUAACAGGAAAAUUCAUAGACUCAUUACUUGCUGGAACAAAAUAGAAACUGCUGUGCAUUCUUUGUCAAGUAUUUGGCCCGUGUGUUUUUUUUUUCUACAGAAUAUUUCAAGGACACAUCCCAGUUUAAACACCAGGCUGUUGUGAUAUUGUAGAUCGCUUUAAGAAUGUGCUUUCUCCUCUGCGUUCGUCUUGCCAAGUGUGCGUCCGUGUGAGAAGAAACAAAUACUGCUUUUACAUGUGUUGCUAUUGAGUUGUACCGAUGAGUUGUUUGAGAUGUUGCUGCCUAGAAAAUGAAGUAUGUAUUGCAACCUGAGCUCCAUGACUUCAGUGAUAUUUGUUAUGCAAAAUAAAAAUGUCUUGACUAAU